GCGUCUUUAUCCUGCAGCUCAUGUUAGAGAGGGACUACGACCGCACCCGGGUCCACGCAGAGAAGCAGUCCAUUGUGUGGGAGAUCCGUUCUGAGCUCAAGAGGAAGUUUAAGGGCAAGCACCCUAGGAUGGCCAUAUUAAAAAAAUUGUCGGAUUUGAAGAGGAGGAAUUUAGAGCGGAUCAGAGAGAUCCGUGACAGAAAAUGCCCAGAGGUUCCACUUCCCUCAGUCCGUCGCAGGUCGUGGACAGGCGAGAUAAAGGUGGUGUCCAGCGAGGAGGAGGAGGGAGACCAGGCCGGACCCUCCCAGCAAGAGCCUGAGGCACCAACAACACUACCUGAAGUGGGUGAGGAGGUGGAGGUUGCAGAGUCUGGUCCCUCCCAGAAGCCAGAUUCCACACACCCGGCUCCUGAUGAGGAGGAGGAGGUUGUCACAAGCCCCCGCCAGAAGGUACUAAUUCAAUUGCAAAAAAAAAUUGCCCAACUGCAAGCCCAACACGAUGCAGGCAUGCAGGACAUGCGGAGAUGGCUGCAGGACAUGCGGAGGCAGCUGCGGAAGAUGGAGGUGCUGCAUGGAAAAAAAAUGAAGGAAAUUUCAGACCUCCAUGAAGUGUUAAAAAAGUUGCCUUAG